AUGAAUCGCACGCUGGUCGAGUGUGCGCGUUGCAUGAUGGAACACGCUGGACUGGGAAAGAGCUACUGGGGUGAAGCAGUGAUGACGGCGAUGUUUCUUCGAAACCGCUGUCCAACACGUGCCAUUCACCAAGACAAGUCUCCAUAUCAAGUGUGGACGAUGAAGAAACCGAUUCUGGCCAACCUUAAAGUGUUUGGAUGCCACGCGUAUGUUCAAGUGCCUCAAGACAAACGCGCGAAGUUCGACUCCAAGUCAUCACUCUGUCGUUUCCUGGGAUACGCCGAACACCAGAAGUCAUAUCGAUUUGAGGAAGUGUCAACAGGAGCGAUCAAGAUCAGUCGCGAUGCCACAUUCAUGGAAGACAAGUUUGAUGAAGGUCCGCGCAACUACAACGAUGAGUCAAGUGUCGUUGAGUUUGAUGAUCAUGAUGAGGACGAAGAAAAAGAAGAAGGUAAAACUGACGACGACAUGGACUCGAGCGACGAUGACAACGAAGACACCAGGUCUUCGAAGAGCAACAUCAAGAGACACACGCGCACUCAAUCACUUGAGAAAGCUACCGUCAUUCCAAGUCCCAAGCGAAGAACGUACAGAUGUCCGUCGCUUGAGCAUGUGUCAGCGGCUGCAAUGGAUUUUGAAGCAGCCUACAUCGUUGAUUCAGUGGGGGAAACGCCGACUACAUUCAAGUCGGCGAUGGAAUCAAGCGACUCCGGCAAGUGGAAAGAAGCGUGUGACUCGGAGUUCGACUCGCUUCAGAGAAACGACACGUGGGAAAUCGUGCCUCUUCCGAAAGGUCGCAAGGCCAUCGGGUGCCGAUGGGUUUUUCGUGUAAAGGAGAAUCAAGAUGGCGAAGUUGAACGUUUCAAGGCAAGACUUGUGGCCAAAGGAUUCUCACAGAAAUUCGGAGUUGACUAUGAAGAAACUUUCGCACCGGUGGCCAAGUUCACAUCGAUUCGUGUGGUGCUCAGUAUGGCGGCUAAGUACGGCCUAAUGCUACAUCAGAUGGACGUCAAGACAGCGUUUCUUAACGGCUCCCUCAACGAAGACAUCUACAUGGACCAGCCGGACGGAUACCUGGAUGCAACACAGCCGGACUAUGUGUGCAAGCUAAAGAGAUCACUCUACGGCUUGAAGCAAUCGCCUCGCAUGUGGAACCAAACAAUCGAUGGGUUCAUGAUCAAGAUGGGAUUCAAGAAGUGCGAAUCGGACCACUGCAUCUACAUCAAGCGAGACGACCAAGACAUGAUUCUCGUGGUGCUCUACGUCGAUGAUCUCAUCCUGGCCAGCAGCAACAACGAACUCCUCAAGUCGACCAAGAUGGCGCUGAGCAAACGCUUCGAAAUGACGGAUCUCGGUGAGCUCGAUUACUUUCUCGGCAUGGAGAUCAAGAACGACCGUAAGACGGGAAUGGUGACUGUGCAACAAACCAAGUUUCUCAAGUCCGUGUUAACCAAGUUCGGAAUGGAUAACAGCAAGCCAGUGAAGACGCCUCAAGAUCCCGGCCUGAAGCUAACCAAGAACAUGUGUGAACAAGAAUGCAAGCACGAAGACACCAUGUGCAACGUGCCAUAUCGAAGUGCUGUCGGAGGCAUCAUGUAUCUCAUGGUCGCCACACGUCCGGAUCUAGCUGCUGCAGUGGGAUCAUUAUCCCAGUUCUCGUCCGACCCAUGCCCGACUCACUGGCAAGCUUUGAAGCGUGUGCUGAGAUACCUGCAAGCAACGCCCAACCAUGGUCUUGAGUUUACACGUGAAGAAGGAAGCCGUAUCUGCGGGUACACCGACGCAGACUGGGCCGGCGACAUUGAGUCAAGACGAAGUACAAGCGGCUAUGUGUUCAUGAUGAGCGGAGGAUGCAUCAGCUGGAAAAGCCAGAAACAACGGACGGUCGCGCUAUCUUCAACAGAAGCAGAAUACAUGGCGCUUUCCGAAGCAACCAAAGAAGCAGUAUGGCUCAAGGUGCUUUUGGGGGGAACUUGGUGA